UUUCAAACCGGAAGCACUUUGUAUGUCAAAGGUUGAGCACAUUGUUUCUGCGCGGUACAGUCUGUUUGGGAUAAUAAUGAAUGAAAUUUUGAUUAAAUAAGACAUUAGCGCAAAAUUAAAUACUCGCUGUCGCAGUCUGAAAACCCGAGUGAACGCGACGCCAUUGUAUUUACAGUAUAAUAUCAAAACUUUAUCGUAUUUGAGGUUGACAGACUUGGAGAGAGAUGGCUGGAAUUCUUUUUGAGGAUAUUUUUGAUGUAAAAGAUAUCGAUCCAGAUGGCAAGAAGUUUGACAGAGUAUCUCGCCUCCAUUGUGAAAGUGAAUCGUUCAAGAUGGACCUCAUCUUGGAUGUGAACAUUCAGAUCUAUCCUGUUGAUCUUGGUGACAAGUUUAGACUGGUGAUUGCCAGCACGUUAUAUGAAGAUGGAACACCAGACGAUGGAGAGUACAAUCCUCAGGAUGACAGACCGUCUAGGGCAGACCAGUUUGAUUAUGUGAUGUAUGGGAAAGUUUACAAGAUUGAGGGCGAUGAAACUUCAACAGAAGCUGCCACACGUCUCUCUGCUUAUGUGUCUUAUGGAGGCCUCCUCAUGAGGCUACAGGGGGAUGCCAACAAUCUUCACGGCUUUGAAGUGGACUCCAGGGUCUACCUGCUCAUGAAGAAGCUGGCCUUCUAAAACACACCUUUGGUCACCCACCCAUGGUUCACCAGUCAACCUUAAAAUUAUACUGAACUGAGUACUGAAAACAUGCAUAUUUUCAGGUCUGGAGAAUCUACAAGGAAGCUGUUGGAAACUUUUAUUUUGUUGAUUUUCAUUCCUCCAUCAGGAUGGACUAAAGACUAAACACUGUGGCACAUAAGAACAGCUACCGACUCCACCUGCAGACAAACUGUAAAUAAAGUUUUCUUUUAUACACACUGGCAUGUUUA